UCCCCCCUCCAUCAUCCACCCCAGUGCGUGCACCCCACCCCUCUCACUAAACCCAGGGACCGGAGGCAAGAGGGGAACAAAACCUCUCGGGGCACCUGUGAUGCUGACACCCCACCUCCCCCCUUUUCCGGGGCUUUAACAUUUGAAGUCACACCCAGACUGUGGAGGAUGUUGGGAAGCUGUGGUGAUUAAAACUGGGAUGUAGAGGCGUGAAAAACAAACGACCAAAUCUGUGACAGAGCGGCACCAGGACCAGCAGCAGCAUCAGGACCAGCAGCAGCACCAGGACCAGAAGCAGCAGCAUCAGGACCAGCAGCAGGACCAGUCGGCGGAUGGAGAUGCGUUGUGGAGGCGGAGGAAUCAUGAUGAUGGUGAUAUAGCAGGUGCUGCAGGGUUGUGCCGCAUUGCCUGGCCGCCGAGAGCGACGCCGGGGAAGACGGUGAUGCUGUCGUCGUCAUUGUGCCACAGGAAGAGCGAAAACGCGAGGAGAGGCUCUGACAUGGAGGGAAGCGGCUGUCUGUCGGCCUCGGGCCGCUCGCAUCAGCAGGUUGGAUGCACUGAAGCCUGAAGCCUCCAGGACCCGAUUCAUGAUCUAAAAAAAUCAGGAUAAAGUUGAAUUCUCUGAACUGGAAUUGAAAUGCGUCCGUGCGUAAAAGUGGCCGCUGGCCCAUAUGUUGAUAAUGCAUCGCAGGAGCAUCAUAGCAGCAGCAGCAGCAUCUGUGUCAGUUCAGGGUGGAUUACAGAGCAGCAGGCCUCCAUCUGAAGUCAGCGUCUGAUCCGGGAGCAGAACCACCGCACACACUUCUUCUCCCUGUUGCUGGAGGAAGCCGCUGGUUGUGUCGUCUCGCUGGAAGCUGGUGCGCUGUGGUCCCCCGCGGAGGGACAGCUGUUGCAGAGGAUGACUCACCUGCAGGCUGGCCUCUCUCCGGAGACCCUGGAGAAGGCCAAGGUGGAGCUGAAGGAGAACCCGGAGACUUUGCACCAGGACAUCCAGGAGGUCCGGGACAUGAUCAUCACCCGGCCGGACAUCGGCUUCCUCAGGACAGACGACGCGUUCAUCCUCAGGUUCCUGCGGGCGCGGAAGUUCAACCACUUCGAGGCGUUCCGGCUGCUGGCUCAGUAUUUCGAGUACCGGCAGCAGAACCUGGACAUGUUCAAGAACCUGAAAGCCACGGACCCGGGAAUCAAGCAGGCCCUGAAGGAUGGGUUCCCCGGGGUGCUCUCCAACCUGGACAGAUACGGCAGAAAAAUCCUGGUCCUGUUCGCAGCCAACUGGGACCAGAGCAGAUACACGUUCGUGGACAUACUGAGGGCGAUCCUGCUGUCGCUGGAGUCUAUGAUCGAAGAUCCGGAGCUGCAGGUCAACGGCUUCAUCCUCAUCAUCGACUGGAGUAACUUCACCUUCAAGCAGGCGUCCAAACUGACUCCCAGCAUGUUGCGUCUGGCCAUCGAGGGGCUGCAGGUCAGACGCUCAGAUUUCUUCAUGUUCUCAGUUUGA